AUCAGUACUGGAAGACCUAUACAAAGUACUUCAAUUUCGAAGAUUUACUCGCCACGCGACCUGCCGAGGAAAGCCCGUUUUCGAGAUACUCCUUAUUUGUUACCUUUUGCACUGUCAACGAUCGAAGAUGCCAUGGAGGCAGCACAGUCUCCGACUAAGGCGCAGCAAGUCUACGAUGCCAUCAUAUCUGGAGGACUUUACUGGCUACAGAUUCCAACUAAAACCCUGAUUCUCUGGGCAGUGCAUCUUCAUCAAUCGCAAAAAAGAUCGAGACUCCAACGGCAGCGUCAGCACUCCAACUCGUCGUCAUCAAGCUCUUUGCUUGACGACCUCUUGUCUCCUACCCUGUGUGCUAU